AUGAAUGCAGAAAAAUCAUCAACCAAAGAAUGCAAGAUUAGAAGAGUACAGCUGAAGAAAAAGUCUUCGGUCUCUACCACAACAGUGGAAACAAGAGAGGGAAUAACCUAUGAAAGUGGUGUCCUUUCCCAGACAGCAAAUAUUCCUGUUCAUCAAUUGGAGACAAUUCCACCACCACCCCCACCACAACACAUUCAAGUUCCAUUGCCACCAGAUGAUUACAACAGAGAGUACUUUGACCUUGAGACAACUGGCCUUGGACUAUCAUGUGAAAUUAUACAGUUGGCAGCAGCAUGUGGAAAUGAAUGUUUCAGCUGUUAUGUUAUGCCAAAAUCACCUGUUCAAGAACAAGCUACGCGGGUAACAGGGAUGACAUUUGAUGGCACCACUCUGUACAAACGUGGCCUACCACAUGAAGCAGUGUCUCUGGAUGAAUAUGGAAAGUACAAAAUCAAAUUUAGACUCCUUGAUGCCUUUGAUUAG